CUGUAACUCUGCUGUAGCCCACACUUAGGCCCCAGGCUUCCUUUUGGUAGAAGUCUGCAAGGGUAGAGCAUGCCUCCUGCCCAGUCCUUUACUGGCUGCUUUUGACGUUCUGGGCCCAUUUUAAAGAGAGGUGUCACUUUCUUUCUUUUCCUUCCUUCCUCCCUUCUUUCUUUUCUGGUUUUUUUUGGGGGGGGGUUCUUUUUCAAUGGAAAGAAAGCAAUUAUAUGGCCAGAAGAUGAAGAGCAGAUCCCUGAACUUCAUGGCUCAGGGGGCUGCUGACCUAGAGCAAACCGGUCCACGAGAGCCUCAGGGCAACCACGUUGUACAAGGCGCGUUCAAAACUGCGGGUUGACUGGCUAGGAAAAGCACUCACCUAGGCUGCUACUGGUGCCUGAGACCUGCCCACUGCUGUGCUAAUGCCUUUAGGGAUGCACAGAGAGGGUAGGAACCGUUAAGUGGGCACCUUCGGCUUAAGGAGGAGAAAUAACCCCAAAGUCCUACAGUUGGUGGCAAGGCCCAGCAUGGAUCUGGUCUGACCCGGAUCUGCGGCAGGCAGGCGGCAUCGACGCGUUUCAAGGUGGCUGAGCCUUUCAGCGCAGCCUGCCACCCUGGGACCCCAGGACCGAGGACCUGCUCUGGGGACCCGGCAAACCGUUGCAGGCGAAGGACGGCCCCGCCCCUCGGCUCCUCCAGGCCCCAGGAUUGGCUCCACGGGGAUCAGGGACCCGGCGCGAGCGCCGAACCAGUGUGAUGGCGUCAGACGCUCCGCGCCGCUUCCUGUUGUCAGUGGCGGGGAGGCUGCGGGGUCUGCCGGCCACCGAGGGGUGUUCUCCCCGGGAGCGCACCGCCGGCUCUCCCGUUCCGGUUGGUGUGUCGGGAGGAGGGAAACGCGGGCGGAGGGGCGCGAACCAGUGGUGGGUCCCCGGCCUUGCCGCCACCCGGGACUCCACCCUUCCCAACCCUGGCCGGCAGCGAUGGCCGCUCCCUUCGUCCCCACCUAACUGACCGCAGCCCUCGGUGCUGUCCUGGAACCACCGACCUUGUUGUCAUGUGAGUCUCCUUGGGAGCUACUGCCUGAGUGGAAAUGCUCUCAGUGGUGGAGAAUGGACUGGACCCUCGGGCUGCCAUCCAGGUCAUCAAGAAGAAGCUGGUGGGGUCUGUGAAGGCUCUGCAGAAGCAGUAUGUGUCCCUGGAUACGGUGGUUACCAGUGAAGAUGGAGAUGCCAACACCAUGUGCAGUGCCCUGGAGGCCGUGUUUAUCCAUGGUCUACAUGCCAAGCACAUCCGCGCUGAGGCCGGAGGAAAAAGGAAGAAACAUACUCACCAGAAGCCUCUGCCUCAGCCUGUCUUCUGGUCUCUCCUGAAAGCUGUCACCCACAAACAUAUCAUCUCAGAAUUGGAGCAUCUUGUCUUUGUCAACACAGAUGUGGGCCGCUGCCGGGCCUGGUUGCGACUGGCCCUCAACGAUGGUCUGAUGGAGUGCUACCUGAAACUGCUCCUGCAGGAGCAGGCCCGACUGUGCGAGUACUAUCAGCCCACAGCCCUGCUGCGAGAUGCUGAGGAGGGCGAGUUCCUCCUUAGCUUCCUUCAGGGACUGACAUCCUUAUCUUUUGAACUCUCUUACAAGUCUGCCAUCUUAAAUGAAUGGACACUCACCCCACUGUCUCUUUCUGGGCUUUGCCCCCUAUCUGAGAUUGACCCACUCACUACCUCUGGUGCAGAACUACAGCGGAAGGAGUCUCUGGAUUCAAUUUCCCAUUCCUCAGGCUCUGAGGACAUCAAAGUCCAACACUCGGGCCAUAAGAUCCACAGGAACAGGAAGCUCACUGCCUCUUCCCUCAGCCUGGACACGGCCAGUUCAUCUCAGCUAUCCUGUAGUCUAAACUCUGAUAGCUGCCUGCUCCAGGAAGAUGGCUCUAAGAGUCCAGACCAUUCUGAGGAACCCACGUCCUAUGACUCAGACUUGGGUACAGCAAAUGCUGAUGACUCGGAUCAGUCUCUGCAAGAGGUGUUGUCGGAAUUCAGCAAAGCCCAGGUAAACUCUGUGCCAAGCAGUGGACCAAGCCAAGAGACAAAGAUCCCCAAACUCCAGACUUCUCUCUCCCUCCACAGCCUUGCUACCAGCACAGGCCUGCACUUUGAGGGACCUGCAGGUCUCCUUCCUGCCCAAGCAUCCUCUGGGACCCCAGGUGGUGGCCACAAGCAGCAGCUACUUCCCCAGGAACCUGAAAUCCCACCCGAGCAGCAGCUGGGCACUGCCCAAGCUGUCCCUGCAGGGAACACUUCAGACCAGCAGCCUUCUAGUCCUGUGGGCAGCACAGCUGGCCAAGGGAGUGGCCAGCAGAAGGUCCUGGAGCAUGGUGGAGUCAGACCGAAGCUUGUGGCUUCUUCUCCCACCAGUCUGGAAAGCAAGAGCUGGAUUUCUGAAGAUGACUUCUACAGACCUCCCCAGGAGUGUGCGUCUGAGAGUGCUUCAGACCUCUCCAUACUUCCUUCACUAGAGACUCUGGAAUCGAGGUCCACUCUCCACAGGCAUUUUUCUCAAGGACCAAGAAAGAGCUCUUCUCUAGGGGCAUUAGACAAAGCAUGUGUGCCUUCCCCAGCCGGUGCAGCCCCAGCAGUGCAGGAGCAGAAGAACUUCUGCGUGGUGUACAGGAGGCAGAUGGGCCUAUCUAACCCAUUCCGGGGCCUCAUGAAGCUGGGCACAGUGUCCCGGAGGGGGGCCAUGGGCAUCUGGAAGGAGCUCUUUUGUGAGCUGUCCCCACUGGACCUCUGCCUCUACCUGAGCGAUGAGGAGCGUACGUGUGUGGAAAGCUGCUCCCUGCUACGAUGUGAGGCUGUUGGGCCAGCUCACAGUGACGGGCGCUUUGAGCUGGUCUUCUCUGGCAAGAAGCUGGCCCUGCGUGCUUCUUCCCAGGAUGAGGCCGAGGACUGGCUUGACCGAGUGCGGGAGGCCCUGCAGAAGGUCCGGCCUCAACAGGAGGAUGAGUGGGUGAACAUCGAAUACCCCGACCAGCCUGAGGAUGCCCCAGAGGCUCCACCAAACAGCAUCUCUUAUGCAGCCCUGGUCCCAGAACCUGCUGACCCCCAGGGCAUGCAGUUGAAUUGGACAUCUGCCCAGGUUCCAGAGCCAGAUGCUAUCAAAGAGUCUCUUUUGUACCUAUAUGCAGAUCGGACCUGGGUCCCCUAUAUUUUUUCCCUGUCCUUGGAGUCUUUGAAAUGUUUUCGAGUAAGAAACAAUGAGAAAAUGCUAAGCGAUAGCCAUGGAGUGGAGACCAUCCGAGACAUCCUGCCAGAUGCAAGCCUUGGGGGCCCAGCCUUCUUCAAAAUCAUCACAGCCAAGGCCAUCCUGAAACUGCAGGCCAGGAACACUGAGGAAGCUGCCCUGUGGAGGGACCUGGUUCGCAAAGUCCUGGCAUCUUACUUGGAGUCGGCUGAGGAGGCUGUAACACUUGGGGGGAGUCUGGAUGAAAACUGUCAGGAGGUGCUGAAGUUUGCCACCAGGGAGAAUGGUUUCCUACUGCAGUACCUCGUGGCCAUCCCCACCGAGAAGGGCCUUGACUCCCAGGGCUGUUUCUGUGCAGGCUGCUCCCGGCAGAUUGGCUUCUCCUUUGUACGACCCAAGCUCUGUGCCUUCUCUGGCCUCUAUUACUGUGACUUUUGCCACCAAGACGAUGCCUCAGUGAUUCCAGCCAGGAUUAUCCACAACUGGGACCUCACCAAACGCCCGGUGUGUCGACAGGCCCUGAAGUUCCUGGCACAGAUUCGGGCCCAGCCUCUUAUCAACCUGCAGCUGGUGAACGCCUCUCUGUAUGAGCAUGUGGAGCGCAUGCACCUCAUCAGCAGGAGCCGGGAACAGCUAAAGCUUCUGGGGGACUACCUGGGCCUGUGCCGUAGUGGUGCCCUGAAGGAGAUGAGCAAGAGGCUGAGCCACAGGAAUUAUCUCUUGGAGUCUCCCCACAAAUUCAGUGUCGCUGACCUCCAGCAGAUUGCAGAGGGAGUAUAUGAAGGCUUCCUUAAGGCCCUGAUUGAUUUUGCCUCCCAGCAUGUCUACCACUGCGACCUGUGCACCCAGCGAGGCUUCAUCUGCCAGAUCUGCCAUCAUCACGACAUUAUCUUCCCUUUUGAGUUUGACACCACAGUCAGGUGUGCCGAAUGCAAAACUGUCUUCCACCAGAGCUGCCAGUCAUUGGUGAGGAAGAGCUGUCCCCGUUGUGCCCGUUGGCGCAAGUACCAGGAACAGAACAUUCUUAGCUAACCCUGAUGUUCUGACCCACCAAGGCCAGAGGAGCUGCAACUCAGCCAUCCAGCUGGGUCUGCCAUUAGUCUGGGCUCCUCUGUGUUACUGUCAGGAAGAUUCAAAUGUGCACAGAUCGCUAGCGUCCAGAGAAGGCCAAGGAAAUCCUAUUGAUGUCCCAUGCUUCCUCACUACCCUUCUGUUCCAGAAAGUGGAGACCUACCAGAUGCCCCUGCCCAGGGCUCUUCACCAGGCCUGGCUCACCUAGCUCUCAUGGCACCUCCAUUAGGGCUGUUCAUACACUGUGGAAACAAGACUUAGAAAGCAUUUUCAACUCUACAUUCCUGAUUAAAAGGUCUAGUUUUUUAAGGUGGGUUUCCCCCUUCAUAUUUAAACAGAAAAUAUUUUUUUAUUCUCGACCCUCCCAAGUCCCCCAAGAAACCCGCCUCUCCUAUCUGGAGCAGAUGAGCAAGAGCUACCGAAGCAGGCAGGCAUGAGGCUGGGUGGGCAGGCCACUGUGGGACAAGGCCUGUCUGUGAACUGGAUGCCUUUCCUUCACCCUUUCUGUCACAUACUGCCAACAAUGCAAGUGGCAUGUGCCAAACCGUCCGUCAUACAGGGCUGGUCAGUUCCUAUGACCACCUUCCUCUUCACCUGAAUUACUCAGUGUUAGAGCCUCUGUCUUCUCUCUGGCCUGGGAUCACAGCACUGCAGGAGCAGGGGAAUUCCCCCACACCAGCACUGUCAGCACUUUGAACUUUCCUUGGUUCAGGAAGGUCAUGAUCUUGCCCAUCCUCAUCCCUCCACCCUCCUUAGUCCUGCCUGGAAGCAGGACUAGCCCCUGUCAGGGUAGAGUAGGUUGGACAACAGAGAGGCCCCAAGCUCCACCUGUAAAGAAGAGACCCAUCAUCGUUUAACUGCAGAGAUACACAAGGACAUGCCCAGCUGCUGCCCCAUGGAAGUCUCAUCAGCCUCAGUCUUACAAAGCCAUGAGUUCACAAAGCUGCUUCAGUUUUGGCCUUGUCUGUCAGGACACUACAAAGCCCAAAGAACUUCCUGGGAGCAGGGUGCCUUUGAAGAGGCCCUUGAGGUUGAUGGCAGUAGCCUGGAAUUGUUCUCAAGGUGUUCAGAACCUUGAGGCUUUGCAAGGGGUGGGGGUGGGGGGUAGGGAUAAUCAAUGCUAUCUUCUCUUCUGGACCCACCCAGCAGCCCCUCUGGCCAUCCCCAAGCACUUUGAGUCGGAGAUCUCUGGUGGAAAGGAGGGCCUCCCAGGAAAUGAGCCUUCAUGCCAAGAGAAGCAGCUUCCUCACCCUCCCUGAGGUGAAUGGACUGAGUCAUCUGCCCAGCACCCUGGAGCUGGAAGGAUUGUGCAAUAGAAAAGAGGAGGUGUUAGGCAGGUGGCAGAGACUGCCACACAGUUCCUCUGUCCCCAUCAUGGAAGAUGGCGCUCACCAGUGACUAGAACACCCAAAGCCUCCAGAACCAGGAUUCAUAUCCCCAUCCCACAUCCAGCAUUAACACUCCCCCAAACCCACAGCCUGAUUAGAGCCUUCUUGCCCUGGGUCCUCAGGUGGGCAGGAGUCUUCCCAGCACCUGGAUUAUGAGCAUUAGAGCCCGUCCUUGCCCCUUUACUAAGCAAGCUUCUAAUGCACUCAGAUGAGUUCCUUUACCCCACGCUGCCAGAAGAGAGCUUACAUGAACCUCAGCAGUGCCCACACUAUUUUUAAAAUGUUCUUUUAUGCAAUAAACUGUUUCUGGUAAGUGGGGCCCUAGCCCUGAGAAGUGCUUGGCAAUGUAUUGAAGGAAUUGCUGCUAUGUGAUAUUUGAAUGAUUUUGCAGUAAAAAGCUGGUCUUUCUAAUCACAGUCUGGCUUCUGAAUCUUAAUCUUGCCACUGCUGGGGAGACGACCAGUCAUCCGAUCCAUUCGGCAGCCCCUUGCUCCUCUUUAAUCCUAGGCACAGGGGAUCUUGGGUCCCUGGCACACAAGUGUGCCAGGAGGAACAGGGAGAAGAGGAUGACAGUAUUCAACUUGGCAGGGAGGGAGGGGGACAGAUUUACAUACACUCUAACAACUUAAGCUGACUCUUAUAUGCCUUCCCUCUAACACUGGCCUGUAAAGGCUCAGAAAUCUAAGUGGAGAGGGGGCUCAGGGACGACAGGUGAAAUGAGUAGACCCUGACUCCACGACUAGUGGAUUUAAAACUCAAGUGACCUCUCUAGCUGCUGGCCUUCCUCAGAAGUUCCAGAAGCCCCCCACUGCUCAUGUAAGAACAAAAGAAGGAAACAGACAAAUUCCUAGGGAAACCAGGUUGCAGAAAAAUGGUACAGAAAGACAACAUACAGGCUGCAAUUUCCUGUCCUUGAAGACUCAGGCAGUGAGUGGAGUGCCCCUUGCCCAUUAUGAGCCGGAUUUUUUAAGGACUUCCCUCCUCCAGGGGCCUAGGCCCAAAGAAAGGAAAGAGGAACUGGAUUUGGGGGUUGGAGGUUGGCCUGAGACAUGAGCUGGUGCUGCCCUGUCUUUGGCUCAGCCUUUCCACCCACAGUACAAUGCUUCGGAGGGCAUGUUUCCCCUUCCUCCCCUCUGCCUAGAGGGGCAUGGGAAAGUCGGAGAUCCCAUCCUGAGAGCUCAUGCCAUAAUAAGCAAUAAUAAGUAAUAAAGUGUGCAUUUAACACCAUU